CCUCCGGGCUGACUGCGUCCGCCCUACUGCGCGUGCGCCCCGUCGGAGCGUCAGAUAAAUCCCCGCGCGCGGCCCCCGCGGCACCUGUGCGCAUGCGCCGCCGCGCCGCGCGCCGGGUCAAAGGUCAGCCUCCGGGAUGGCGGCGGCGGUGACCUUCUGCCGGCUGCUGGUCCGGGGCGGCGCGGCGGCCUGGGCUUCGUGCCAUGGCGCCCGGGCCUUCGGGGUGCUCACCUCGCCUACCGGGGAGAAGAUCACGCACACCGGCCAGGUUUACGAGGAGGAGGACCACAGGCGGGUGCGCUUCGUUGGCCGGCAGAAGGAGGUGAACGAGAACCUGGCAGUGGAGCUGGUAGCCGAGCAGCCCGUGAGUGAGGUGGGCGCCCGCGUGACGUCCUGUGAUGGCGGCGGGGGCGCCCUGGGGCACCCCAGGGUCUACAUCAACCUGGACAAGGACACCAGGACGGGCACCUGCGGCUACUGCGGCCUGCAGUUCCGGCAGCACCACCACUGAGGACGCGACGGCGGGGGACGGGGGUGGGGUGGCGGGGCCCAGGCUGCCUGCCAAUAAAGGCCGCGUGCACACCG